AUGGAGAAAUUAAUAUAUUUUUCAAUUGAAGUUUUGGAGAUUAUAUUUCAACAAAUAAAUCAUCACAUGGCUUUGUCCUUGAUGCCAUUGCAUUCCAAAUUUUAUGAGAUUGGCAAAAAAAAGUUAUACAAAAAUAUCCAUAUUUACCACAAAGAUAAACUAAUAGAAACUAGCCGUCGUGAAACAAAUGGUGAAACACACAUAGAAGGCUACGAGUGGAGAGCCCAUAAAGACAUUUUGAAUGACUUUACCAAAAAGUUUACCGUCAUUUCAUCAUACAAUUUUUAUCGUAACAUCAUUAGAAAAAAAAUGAUCAGAAAUCAACACAUUCAACAUCUCAGUAUUGAAAAAGUUCACCCUGUGGAAUAUACUGGAUACAUGUCAUAUAAAGAUAGAAAAAAGGUGCCAGCUCUCUUGAAGGAAGCUUUUAGAUAUUUUAAACAUAUAGAUUAUGUUAGUUUUGCUUUUUUAAACAAUCAAAUUAAUAUGAACAACGAAAAUUGUUUUAACGAUGUAUUGAAAAGUUUAGAUUUUUUGAUUCCAAAUUAUAUUCCCGGCUUUUAUGGACAUACAUUGUUUUUGGAAAAAAAUAAUCAAGGGUCAUUUGAUUUCUUGUAUGAUAAUCUCAAAAGUUUGAAGUUUUUAUUUUCGGGAUCAAACGUAAGAGAGUAUGAGGAUGAAGAGAAUUUAUCAGAAAGUAUCGAAUUGUUCAACAAGGUCAACUUAUUCAAAAACCUUGAAGAAUUACAUUUAAAAUUCGAGUCUCUUAUUGAUUUAACAGAUUCACUGUUGCUUGCAAAAUUGAACAAAAUAAAAUGCAAAUUGAAAAAACUUGAUUUGGUCUUCUGGGGUAAAAUCAGAUCUUUAGAAGACACUUGGAAUAGAGGCUGGAAACCACCUAAGCCAGAACCUAAAAAAUGGUUGUUUACUUUGAAGAAUUUUUUUGAUACAGAUGAAAUAAAUUCAUUAUCAUUAAAUUACAAUAAUAGCAGUAGAUCUCACGGAGAUGAAUUGUUUUGUCAAAAAUUCGAGUUCAAUGAAAUAUUAACCAAUGCCAACUUAUCAAAUUUGAGAAAUUUAGUUUUAUUUUCACAUUCUUUAGAUUUGGAUUCAAUUACAAUAAAAAACUUACACAAAUUGAUACUAUGUACUGAUAUUGCUAACGAUGAGUAUGCCACUGAAAUUGCCAAACUUUAUCUAGAGAACCCAGCCUUAAAAGUAUGUUGGUGGCCACGAUUUAUGAGUCUGUCUUCUGAUGCUAUAUUUUUUAAUUCUGAGAAUUUGCGAUUAUACAGUCCAGAUUAUUUUAAAAUUAUAUCUUGUCAGUGGCCAUCGUACUUUUUCAAAAAUAAAAUUAUCUCGAUUGAAAAGGGAACGUUAACUUCGCAUGAGCAAGAUAAUAAAAAUUUAAGAAAGCUAGAUAUAAUUUUGAAAACCGAAUAUUCAAUCGAAGAACUUUAUGGCAUGGACCUUUUCGAUACAUCACAAAUUGACAAUCGUACUUUAAAAGUUUUGUUGGGACAUGAGAAAUUUUUGGAGUCUUGUAGAAUUUAUCAUUUUAAUCGUUAG